AUGGCGAACGACUCCGACGAUAUUCUCUAUAUUUCCAAUGGAACUUCUGGCGAUAACAUCGGGCAGCAUUAUGAAAGCGAGAGUUACAUAGUGGCGAUAUCAGUGGCGGGGGCCAUUGCAUUGGGCCUAAUUAUGUUCUCCAUGGGUUGCAUGGUUGAGGUGAAGAAGCUGUGGGGCCACAUCAAGAGACCUUGGGGAAUUGCUGUGGGGAUGAUGUGUCAAUUUGGGCUGAUGCCCCUAACAGGCUAUAUCUUGGCAACUUACCUGCCUGUGAAAGCGAUCCAAGCUCUUACCAUAUUUAUCAUUGGCUGCUGUCCCGGAGGGGCAUCCUCCAACCUUGCCACUUACUGGGUCGAUGGAGACAUGGAUCUGAGCAUCAGCAUGACCAUCUUCUCCAAUGUUGCUGGACUGGGAACGAUGCCACUUUACCUCUACCUCUAUUCGUGUUCCUGGGAAUUUGCACAAGUCAUCAUCGUGCCGUACAAGACCAUAGGGACAGAGCUUCCUGGCCUGGUUAUACCCAUUGCUUGUGGCAUUUUUGUAAAUUAUCGAUGGCCCAAACAAUCCAAAAUCAUUCGCAAGAUUGGAAGCAUUGCUGGAGUCCUAGUUUUGAUAGUUCUUGCAGUUCUCAACCAAGCCCUGAAUAAAGAUUUUUGGGAUGUGGAUCACUGGCUUCUGAUAGCUGCUACCAUCUUACCCUCGACUGGCUACCUCGGUGGCUUUCUAUUGGCCCGUCUCACCUACCAGUCUUGGCAAAGAUGUCGGACAAUUGCUGUGGAGAUUGGGUCACAGAACCUGCACUUGUGCUACUCUGCACUUCAGCUAUCUUUCAGCACACAGCAUUUUGGCCAAAUAUUUCCUUUCUAUACAAUCUAUUAUGUGUUUCAGCUGCUAACUUUAACUGUCCUCGUUGCUGUUUACCAGAUUUACAAGAGAUGUUUGAGGAAAGCAACAGCAGAGGAGACGCCAGCUGAUCCACAGAGGAAAAUGUCAGACAAUGUGGGCGGCGAGGUCAACAUGGGAUUUGAAAAGGACAAAGGGCAGCCGGUGGAUUUCAAGAUGGAAAACUCUGCCAAAGCUGUUCCGUUGCAACAGAUCUGA